AUGUCUCAAGAAAUACCAUCGAUGUCGCAAUCUAAAGAAACACCAUCGAUGUCGCAAUCUCAAGAAACACCAUCGAUGUCGCAACAGACACCAUCCUCGUCAUCAACCAAAUAUGUAUCGGAGGAAGUCAAACUCAAGCGAGUAUCCGACCUCCUUGAAUCACUAAAUUGGGAACCGAAGAGCUACAUCGAUCAUUUUUUGAAUGCCACAUCGGAUGCCUCGAUAUACAAGCGACGAUUCUGGGGAUGUUCAAGCUGGACCGGGACCAGGAGGCUGCUAGAAUCGAUCAAACGUGUCGUUGGAAAGACCGACAGAGGGAAACUAUCCUGGGAGGAUUUUAUACUCGAUGAGGCUUCUAUGAUCAUCUGCAAGCAGAAGCCCAAGACUGGUUAUUCUCCGGAUGGCGCAUACUACAGCUCAAAAAAAUUGAACAGGCUGUUUUUCACCGAAGAGGCGCGGUUGGAGCGUGCAGAAACAAUCAAGGAAUCAAUGCCUUUUCUGUACAACCUGCUCAUGAGAAAACUAGCUAGACCAGAUACCAAUGAUGAUUCUGAUGACGAAGAAGAGAAGAGCGAUGAUGGUGUUGACCUUGCGCCUUUGGAAGAGUCUGUCCCUGAACCUGACGAACCGCAUGUACCUGUCCUUGAGUCCGAUUCUGACACCUUGACCGAACUAGACCCCAAUGCAAAAAUCCCAAUUGCUUUGUCUGAGGACGAUGUGAUGGAAAUUGAACACAAUAUACUACGCCCAAGUACUGACCCCAAAAUACGAAAACACAAGCAAAAUGAAGACAUGUCUAGAACAAUUUGCUCAAUGGUGACGUACGGACGAAACCGGCGCCAUAAUGGAUUUCAACUGACAAAUGGCUUGCUUUUCAUAGCCUGCGGGGUCACUGAACGCGUGAACCGAUACCUGAAUUACAUUGGUAUUACUUGUUGCCGAAGGACUGCCCACCUUGGGCUAGCAUCACUUGGAAAAGAGACAGAGGAAACCCUUAAGACAAGAUCCUCUGACCCCAACUCAAAGAUCUUCCCCCCAUCAAUCUGCAUCGACAACUUAGAUUUUCAGCAAUCCAUCCAUACCAAGUCAGUAGGCCACAUGAGCACAAUGUUUCACGGCACGUGGGGGUACAUCCAUCGCCUAUCAUCCAGCUUUUUCAACAGUCUAGACCAUACGGAGUUGUCUCUUGCCUCGUUAAAACAGGCUCUCAAGAAAAGCAUCAAUCUCACAGUCGAACCACGUCACUUUGCUUCAACCUUCACCAGCGAUGAACAUUUUAAGUCAACCCUGAAAUCUCAACUCACAAGCUCUUUCCUGCGUUACAUUGGCUCCUCAAGUGGCAAGGGACCGUCCCUUCAAGAUCACCCACCACCAGUUCGACCAAUCAAAGCGGAUAAACCCAACCUGACGAUGUUGAAGCUCAUGAUGGCUUCAGACAACUCAUCUGAAGGCAUUGGCAAUGUCUUUAAAGGUCUUACUGAACAAACUGGCCUCACUCCUGAGCAAUUUUCGAAUCAACUCCAACUUGUGGAGGGUGACCUGGGGACUGGUAUGAACAUCCUGAGUCUUCGCGAGCUUCGAAUUCCUGCCAGCUAUUCAAAAACAAGCCUUGCAAACCUUCUCGCCAUCCCUGGCGCAGCUCACACCAUGUGGAACUUUUCUCAGUCAAUAUUCCUACAUCACUGGGGCGACCAGACCAAUCGAAAAGAUACUGGCGCAUGGCGAGUCCUCAAGUCCCUUGGAAUACCAGCAGACAAACCCGUAACCAAGAUGGAUUUCACCCUCAUGAUCUCAAACAUGGAGAAGAUACAUGAUGCUGAUUUGAUCUAUUGCAUGUUAGUUGUCAUGGGGAAAGAAUGUGAAAACCUUCCCACAAAGCUUCCCACCAUGUCUCCAUUGUACAUCCAGGGAAUCGUCGAUCAAACUUACAAUCGCUUCUUAUCAGGCGAGGCAAUGGAGACCGCUGUCGAAAAACACCAGACCAAACUGAUCAAUCUCCUUUUGCGGCUCCGGGACUUUGCAACUGUCACUGAAGUCAAUCGUGCAAGCAAAGCAGGCAAUACAGGCCGUCUACUUUUCAUGUGGAAACAAUGGGCUGUGAUGGGACAAGGAUUGAAGAAACUUGUCCAUUAUUCUCGUCACCUCCCGCAGCUGAUCCUCCUAAUUGAAGUCAUCCUCCCAAAGUCCCUAGCAAAAGUAAUUGAAAAUAGCCUCCUAUUGUGUCCUUCUGGCAGGGAAGCACACUUUGUAGCCACAGACUUCUACCUAGAAGUUCAGAACUUCUGGCUCAAGUAUUUCUACAACCACUCCGGCAUUGGCACUGUCAUCCAGCGCUUGAGGGAUGUUUUUUCCAUCAAUAUCCCAAUUCUCAAAGACCUUAUGCAUACACUCAAUGUUCAGUCAGGCAUGAAUGUGAUUCAACAAUCACACAAAAAUCGAAUUACAAACCUCUCAAUCAACAACUUCAUCAGCUUUGCAAGACAGCACAACAUCUGUUCAGCUGAAGAUAAGCCUGAUGAAUUUGUCCCAAUCUUAAUUUCUGAUAUCUACGAAGAAGGCAUUGCAACAAUCAAAAAUAAUUACGCAAACCGGAAAGGGGGACUCGAUCAACUGAAGCCAGUCUACAUGUUUGAUCCUGAGAUUGAUAAUGGUGAUUCUGACGGUACAAAUAAGUCCAACAAGUCUGAGGAUACCAACGAGUCUGAGGAUACCGACGAAUCUGAGGAUACCAACGAGUCUGAGGAUACCGACGAGUCCAAGGAUACCGACAAGUCUGAGGAUACUGGCGAGUCUGAGGAUACCAACGAGUCCAAGGAUACCGACGAGUCUGAGGAUACUGAUGAUUCCAAUGAUUCAGAAUCAGGUGAUUCUUUCUUCUUGACCUUCUCUAGCUCUUUUCUCCUUGGCUUCGGCGGCUCGAGCUAG